AUGGAUGUUGAUAUCAGCAAUUAUGAUAAUAAUAACAAUAAUAGUGAUAAUAAUAGUGAAGAGAACAUUGAUAGCAAUGAUAAAAACUAUAAUAAUAAUGGUAAUGAUAGUAAUAAUAAUGUCGGAGAGUUUGAUAACGACAAUGUCAACUAUUAUUGUGCAGUUGAGACUGAUGAUGUUGCUAAUCAUAAAAUAUCAAGUCAUCCAUCUCAAUUAUCCCAGAAAUCUUUGGAAAGUAAUACUUCUCGUAUAAUCUCUGAUUAUGAAGAUGAAAUGCCAAAACAACAAGUUCCAAAAAUUGAUAUAAUGACACCAGAACUUGCUGCGGCUUUGGAUAGAGCUAACGUGACUAGUAGGAUGGCGACUUACAUUAUUGCUGCUUUAUUAUCUUGCUUGAACAUUGAUUGUGCAAGCGUAAACUUUAGUCAUGUGACUAUUCACUAG